UAUUUCAGUACAGUGACUUCAGUGAAUAGUGAUAGUGGUGUAUUAUUAUAAUUGGUGCUAACACUUGUAGAAGAAAGUUCCCAGAGCUAUCCUAAAUCAAGCUUCCUCUAUAUUAAGAAAAUAAUGGAUGUGCUUACAGUGGUGAAACAGCUGAAAGCCCUUGCUACUGACAAAAGUAAUAGAGAAACAAUUGUAAAGGAUCAAGGGUGCCUACCAGGACUAGUGUUAUUUUUGGACAAUCCAGAUAUUAAUGUUGUCAUCACAGCCUUAGAGACAUUAAUUCUGCUUGCUCAGUGUGUUAGCAAUCGAUCAGUCAUCAGGGAUGAGCUUGGUAUGUUAAUGAGUUUGGAUGCAAUUAUCAACAGGCAUGCGUACAAUAGCAAAGCCAAAGAGCUUGCUAGAACACUGAAGCAUACCAUAGUGCCACAGCCUCUCAGCCCUCUAAGAGAGAAGCAGAACGUGAGUGAGAAUAAGCCUAGCAGCAAACACAGGUAUGCUGGCAAGGCUUUCAUCACAGGAAACAAAAAAUUCAAACUUGUAAUCCUACACAUCAAUGGUCUUGAUAACCAGGCUUGCAGGAAAAUUUGUGAAGAGGAACUUCUAGUAAUCAAAGGAGUGAUAAGUUUUACCUUUGAUAUGGCAAAGAAGCGAUGCGUAUUGAGAACUAAAGCAGACUUGAAACCAGAAAUAAUCGUUGCUGCCAUUUCAAGAACUAAAAUUAUGAGUGCUGAACAGGUAAUCAAAAAUGAGCAUGGUGAGGAAGUAAUGUUGACUUUUGGUGCAAAUCCUGCAACAGUAAACAAGGAAAAUGAUAAUCUACCCAAGUACCUGCCGGAGGAAAACAGUCCGCUACGUGGGUUGGAUAAAGCCAUGACCCGUAUCAAUGGACCAGGCAGCGAGGAGAGUAGGGGAUGGCUGUCAUCAGCUGCCAGCUUCAUAAGCACUAAUUUUUACUGGUGAAAGCUCCUCAAACUACAACAGACAAAACUUGUUUUUAUUCUUUCACAGACAUUCUGUAAAUAGCCCUUAAAUUGUGUAUAGCAGAAGAAAACUAUAACCAGCUAACUGGAAUAAAUUGACUUGAAAACAUUACCAGUUCCUUAUUCCAUCACUGAUGCAUACAGCAUCUCAGACAUUGUUUCAUGUUCACAAAUUUAAUAAACUCUCUGUAGCUUGAAGUACGCAUUACUAUCUUUGGGAACAUGUGCUUGUACCAACACCCCUGUAUAAAACUCAAAAAUCAGUUCGAAAAUAUUUUAGAAUGUCAUUUCAAUUCUUAUUACAGUACUAUUUGUGUCUUCUUAAGCAGUGCACAUAUAGUACUAUGUUGGCAAUUGGCCGACAUGUCUAUCGCUGUUUUCUUUAAGCACCUGAUGAUGAAAUGUCAUCUGAUGAUUGACAGUUGCAUUCUGAGCAGGUCACCCGUGACCAUGAAAGCAGCCCAACCAACAACCGUCGACACAGUGUAUGCCAGCCUACAGGCACUUGGAAUACUAGAGAUGAAAAACACAAGUUAAUAGCAAAAAAAAUUGAUGUCGUGUAGGCAGUUUUCAUAUCUCCAUGCUCCUACUUUAAUCAAUAAUCAUCAUCGAAAUUAAUAUCUUGUAUGUUCAUGCAGCUAUACAGUGUGAUGUUUCAGAGAAUUUGCCAUGGGUUGUUCUGCCCUUGUGGUGAUAAUAUUAUGGCAUGCAUAUUCAAUCUAUUAGUCUAUGCUGUGCUGGCUUAGCACUCCAUACACGUACAGUUGCAGAAUUCCAGUCCACAACAUUCAAACCUAUGAAAAUAAUUGUUAUUUUAUGUUGAGCACUGUCCACUGUGUUGGCCCAUUUAUCUGAUUUCACAUUAUUAUGCCAAUAUAAUAGGCAAAUUACAGAUAUCAGACAGAAAUCUAGAUAUAGUGUGUAGUUUUAUUUACAAAAUAAUAAUGUAGUACCAAGCAACAUGAUAUUAAACAGUGAACAGUUCUCAAAAUCAUUUGUCAUCCACAGCCCACAUUUUAUGUUGUUAAUAGUAUCUGAUAUUGAUAUACUGUACUGUACAGGAGCAUGAAUAUCAAAUCAAAACUGUAUUUUGGAAAAUCAGAUAUUUUUUUACAUGCUGUUUAAUCUGAACCAUAAAUAAUAGAAUGUGAUUGAGCAAUCUUGGAUUGUUAAUGUUAAAUUUAGGUGGUUGCUGCCUGGGUUGUUGGUUGCAGUACACCCUACAUAGGAUUAGGACUGUCCAUGUGUCUGCCACAAUUAUCAUUAAAUCCUAUGAGUCGAUAUGCUCAUAAUAUUUCCAAAUAUACACUAGAUCAAAUGAAAUAAACAAGUUUUCGACUUACAAUAGGCAUAAAAAGGUGUUUAAUAUUCAGGGUACUGUAUUAUUAAUUAGUAGAUGUAGAAAAGGCAGAGUUCUAUUAAUCUGAAAAUAUUGUAUAUUAAACACCAUUAUCAGAUUAUUUACUUGUGUGUUAUUUGAGAAUUUUAAUAAACUACAUUUGCUUACAAUAUUUUAUUAAA